CAUCAGUUAAAGCAAAUCUAUUGCCCAGCAAUAAUCUAUUGAGAUCUUAAACCGGAACCACCAAUCCAGAAUCAAUAUGAAGUUCUUCUCAGUCGUCACCGUCUUUGUGCUCGGUCUGCUGGCCCUGGCAAACGCUGUACCCCUGUCCCCCGAUCCAGGAAAUGUGAUUAUUAACGGCGACUGCAAGUACUGCAAUGUCCGCGGUGGAAAGUAGGACAAUCCAAGCCUAAGGAUCUACGAAAGGCAAAGCUUACCUCAAACCCAAGACACAAUAUUUAUACUUGUACCUAGAAUUUAGAAAAAAUGCCAAGCAAACAAAUACAAUAAACACACUAAAAAAACCUAA